GACGACGACCGAUAGUGGAAGCCUCUAACAAGGACGGAGCAACAACACGGAAACCUUGGCGCGCUGUUCGAAUUUGAAAACAUGUCAGUCAGAAUUUUGGCGCCGAGCGAAGUCGAUCGCCUACAGUGCCGAGUGGCGGUAGCUCAGAAGUGGUGCGAGACGUCCCCACGUGUUUUCGACAUUCACCUACCGUGUGCGAUAAUUUCGUCGACGCGAUAACGGAUCAGCGUCGGAAUGCACGUCGACGCCAAAAAAAACAGGGAUGAGGAAGAGGAGGAGAGCAGCCCCCCUGCGCCACCGGACGGGGGAUGGGGUUGGAUGGUGGUGUUCGGGUCCUUCAUGAUACAUCUAGUCAAUGAUGGCGUCACUUACUCUUUUGGAAUAUUUUACGAUGAGUUCUUGGAUUAUUUCAACGAAGGCAAAAGUAAAACGUCGUGGAUUCUAUCGACCUUAGUUGGAGUAACAUUAUGCUCAGGACCACUAUCGAGUUCUCUAGUCAACAAAUACGGCUGCAGGCCAGUGACAAUUGGAGGGGCCAUAUUUGGAAGUAUUUGCCUUAUCGUGUCAUGUUUGGCGAGGAACGUCAAUUUCCUGAUCCUAACCAUCGGCGUGGGUGCUGGAAUCGGUUUCGGCUUGAUAUAUCUACCAGCAAUCGUCAGCGUGACGACCUACUUCGAGAAAAAGAGGUCCUUAGCCACCGGUAUCGCGGUGUGCGGAUCUGGUUUCGGCACCUUCGUUUUCGCCCCCCUCAUCACCUAUCUCUUGCACGAGUUCGGAUGGAGAGGAUCCAUACUCAUCAUAAGCGGCAUUGUCCUGGAGUGCAUGAUCUUCGGGUCGCUCUUCAGACCCCUCGAGUACGACGAGGUCAAAGAAGUCGACAGCGAGAACAAUCGCCUCCAGCUCAAGGCCACGGAGGGUAGAGUAGACAUUCACGUGUCCGACCACGACCUUCGCCAUUUCCCAAAGUCCACGGCAAACGGCAAAAUGCACAGGCCGCAUAGCGUGGCUCACUUCUCCCUGCCCAAAACCAGCUCACACAGGCACGAACAAAAUGGGCAUGCCAAUAACCAAGGGAAAUUUCAGAGUAAGAGUGGAGCUAGAUUGGCGUUCAGCCAGCCCAUGCUUGCAGCCAACUCCAGGACAUCCUACGGGAGUCAACACUUCCGCAAACACGGCCCCUUGGACCGACCGGAUGUCUUUUACCAAGGCAGCUUACUAAACAUCCCUUCCUACAGGUCCAAACUGGACCUGAAGAACCGCACUGGUGAGGAGUCGGCGUUUCUGGAGAGGAAAUCGAGCAUAUGCUAUAAAAAACGAAAGUACGAGGCUGAAGAAGAAAAGGAGACCACUUUGUGCGGUAUCCAAUGUUCCGCCGAGACAAAGGAGACGAUGGAGGAGAUGCUGGACUUCUCCCUGUUCACAGACGUGAUCUUCAUUCUCUUCACCAUAAGUAACUUCCUGACCAGUAUCGGCUUCAACAUUCCGUACGUAUUUUUGGUGUCGCGGGCGAAGUCCGUUGGUUUGACUGCCGAAGAUGGGAGUAUGUUGCUGUCCAUCAUCGGUAUAGCGAACACGAUAGGGAGGAUUGUUCUGGGAUACAUCUCGGAUAAACCGUGGGUCAACCGACUUUACGUCUACAACUGGUCCCUCACCAUAUGUGGAAUAGCGACGAUGUGCUGUGCUUUCUGCAACGAUUUCGUCACCUUGGCAAUCUACGCCAGUGUUUUUGGGUCCACCAUUGGAGUGUACGUUGGACUAACAUCUGUCAUUCUCGUGGAUCUUUUAGGCUUAGACAAACUGACCAAUGCCUUCGGGCUUCUCCUGCUCUUCCAAGGAAUUGCAUCACUUGUAGGUCCACCAUUAGGAGGUGCACUGUAUGAUAUAUUGCUGUCAUACGACUAUGCUUUCUACUUGUCGGGUGCCACAAUAGCCCUUAGUGGCACAAUGCUCUUCGUCAUUCCAGCAGUUCAAAGGUACCUAGCGAAUAAAACGAAGAAACGCCUUGCAGUACCUGUGGAAAUAUAGCCAUUACUGUCUUCCUAUGACAGUGUUCAUAGUUACACAACUAUAUGAAACAGGGUUGAUCCCCACAACAUAUCUUCGAAAAUGGUUCGCCAAUGGCCAGCUAAACGAUGAUUUUCGUAAUUUUGUUCGAAUUUAAUCUUCAUUCGAUCAUUUCAGAUAUUAUUCAAUUCUGACUUUUCUAUUUUUUAAACUUGCAUCGGGUUUUUGAAGAUUCUGUUGGGCGCAUUGUAGAACCAGAGGACUUGAACGUUACCAUUUAUGUGCCAUUUUGAAAUAUUUAUAGUACGGUAUUAUUGUCUGCAGUGCAGACUGUCAGUAAGAAUUUGAAAUGUGAUUCAAGUUAUUUAUUUACGAUUCUAGCCAUUAAGAUGUAAAUAUUAAUUCAAUAAAAUGUUGAUUAUGUGGUAUACGGCACUAAUUUGUGAUGUUUACUUCGCCGAGAAUUGAGAGAACGAUUUUUAUGUUUCGAACAAACUGAUAAUGAAUUCCAGUAUUUGUUCGAGUUGAAGAACGUGAAUGCUAUCUUUAGAUAAUAUUAUACCUAAUAAUUAUCUAUAUUUAAUUAAAUCAUUGAAUUGUUAAUAUAUCUCUCCCUCAGAUAUUACACAACAAUAGCUCUCGAUUGGAAUUACAUUAAAUAGUUAAUCAGAAAAUUUCAACAAAUAGAACUUCAUAAUCUUCGAGGCCUCUUGACAUGCCUUGCAAACUCAAAUAUUGGAUACAAUCACUUUAUAUUGUACGUUUAAUGUGAUACACUUCAAACAAUAUCAUUAGAAAUAGGUAAACAUAGAUAAUAUAUUAUAUAAGGAGAUAUAAGAAUGGUAUAUAUUCUUGAUAUAAACUUUUACACUUCCUAUAUCAAGUGCAUUUUUCACGACUGAUAUUCUAGUUUUUUCUCGGAAAUUUUAUUUAUUGAUAAUUUUGAAGUUUUCACAUUUAUAUUAUAUAUGUAUAUAUAGGUACUUUACCCAAUUUUUUUUAAGAUUCACAGUUUGAAUAGUUCAUUUGUAGCUAUUUUAAAGGAAAUUUCAGUACCAAAUGAUAAUUUCUACUCUUAACUUACUGUAAAAAUACUGUUUUAUUAAACUCGUAAAAUGUU